GACUUGUUUUUCUACUCCUUCAGGUCUUCGUCUUAUUUUCUUGAUGGGCAGCUGCCGAAGUCACCCAGCACGAUGCGUAUCGGCCUGCACUGUUCACACUCUUUUGUCAACCCCCCUUGGGACCAACAAAACCAAUGAGCACAGCCUCCCUUCCCCUCAAGCAAUUGCAAAGCCCGUUGAUGUUUGCCCAGCCUCGCGUGGCGGGCCAUGGAGGUCUAUUCUUGGACUUGCGGCUGUCCAAGCGGGGAGGUCUCACUGGGCCACGAUUUCUUGCCCUGUCCUGCAUAAGUCAGUUUCGGCUGCAACACAUCCGACGCGCCAAGGUUUCGAAGCACGGGGUAAAAGAGGUGAGCAGGCUCCCUGUCAAGUCCAACGCUUCUUGAUGGCGCGCUGUCAUCCCGAAGCCAACGGGCAUCACAGAGCGGAAUGUGAUUUGCAAUGGCCCAUGUCCCUUGGAUGCGUCGCGCGGGUUGUUGGUGAUAACUCCUCCAGCAGCCGCAGACAUGCAGAUGAGGCGUUGAGAAUCCAAUCUCCCAGCCUUACGCUCUUCCUUCCGUGGGGACCAACGGCCAACAUGCAGGAUGGCGGUCCAAACCCCCCGGGGUUGGCCUUCUUUCUCGAUGGUAACUGGAUAGAAACUCGAACAACAAGGCGUGAGAAAGGUGCCAUGGGGACGCGCCAAGGACAGGGGACCCGUUCCUCCAACCCCGAGGCUGCAGAUGGGGCCCUUGAUGCAGUCGUCGUUUGUGUGGUUGCACGCUUCGAGCUUUGCAUCACAGCCACGCUGAGACCAACAACCUGCGACCAUGCGGCGCAUUCUUGCAUACGCCCCACACAAACAUUCAUGAACUUCCUAUCCCGACUUUUCGUCCAUGGGAUGCCUGCUCCCGAACCCUCGCGGCCAUUCGCGAUGCCUGAGCUGGAAGAUUGGGGGCCGACUGCACCCAUUGGAAACAGCCGUCGAGGACCAGAGGGUGUGAAGUGUCCGCAGCAUAAAGAAUACCGGAAGCCCGUGAUGGAGUAGUUUUCAGGAUAUCUCCGUUUCCCCAGACCCUCGACUCUUGUACACCCACUCACCAUGGUCAAGCUUGGUGUCUACUCGGCCCUCAUCUGGGCCGCCGGCCUUGUUUCGGCCGCGGCCACGCCGGCCCCUCUUGUCGAAGUCCGGACACGGAACCUGCCCGGCACAUCGGACGAGCAUACCCGUCAUCUCAUCUGGCGCCGUCUCGCGGACUUGGCACGCACGCGACGACAGAAUGUCUUCGAGAACAGCGCAAGCCUUGACAAGAGCUGGAAUGAUGCGACUGUGUUCAGCUAGUGGGUUUCUUUCUUAUUUGAUGUUAUAACCCGCGGUCGUGGAUAGGUGGUUAACGCAAG